GUAAUCGCCUAUCGAUAUCUACACACUCUUGUUUUUUACUUUAAUGGAAAUUCUUACGCCGCUUUAAUUAAGAUAACUCACUUAAAUAGAGACCAACUGGCACGCGGGUACAAUGGUGAACGACUCUGGUCUGUCGACAGUUGACGACUUGGAGCAAAAACUGAACUCGGCCAAGCAGUCGCUGCUGAUCCUAAAUGAAAACAUUCGCCGCAUUGCUGGUCGCGUCCCCAAGGAUUCCCAGCAGAGAUCGGAGAAGUUCAAGUACACCCACGAUGCCAAGAAGAACGACCACAACGGCGAUAGACCUUUUCCCCGGAACGGACCAGGUGGGGUCUUCAAAGACAAGCGGCGGAUGUACGAGAGCAAGAACCCGAUUGCCCGCUUCCCCAUCGAGGAGAACGAGGGUCGGCCGCCGAGGAUAAACUCUCGGGUCAUCCGGGAAAUGCCCACCAAGAAGGAGGUGGUCGAGGCGCAGGGCACAGACUCCGAGUCGCGGGCGCGGAAUCGCCGGAUGUUCGGAUCGUUGCUGGGAACCCUGCAGAAGUUCUGCCAGGAGGAGUCGCGGCUGAAGAGCAAGGAGGACAAGAAAGCCGAGAUCGAUAGGAAGGUGGAGAAGCAGGAACUCCAGGAAAGAGCCCUGCUCAGGAAACAGCGAGAAACGCUAUUUUUAGACAGGAAAAAAAAGCAAUUCGAGAUCCGCCGACUGGAGUACAAAAUGGCCAGAAUGAAGGAUUUUAAAGCCUGGGAAGCCACCAUGACGCAUGCAAAGAAUCACAUUAGAACUAAAACGAAACCACAUCUCUUCUUCCGGCCAAAGCACCAUUCCGCCCGAACGGAAAAGCUUUUGAGCAAAAGUAGAAGCGAGGCUGAUGUCUUCAUAGAAUUCAGGCGCGAAGAACUGGAAGUCGAGCUAAAGAACUUGGAAAACAUGAAUUUUUCGAAGAUGGACGACGAUAACGCCAUGGAUGAAAGUUUCUACGAAGAGCCCGAUGAAGUUCACUUGGAUAAGUCUUUAUUAUAUGGUAAAUGAAGUUCGUGAAAAUGAAUGAUGCUAUUUCUAGGAAUAAAGGAUUAAAACCAAUUCGAUUUAUUAAAUUAAA